AUGGGUGAUUGUAGUGUGUAUUGUGUAACGUGUUUGUAAUGGAUGUCAGGCGUGACGCUUGUUGUAGUGUGGGCAAUCGCCGGAGAAGAGACUCGUCGGCUUCGUCGUGUAGUGAACGAUGUGAAGAUGGAGACUGUAGGGAUCAAGGAGUUGCGAUGACUAUUGUGACUCUAAAUGCUGUUUUGGACGAUAAUAAGCGUAUGUUUGAAUUUCUGAGGAGUUUUGGUGUUCUUGGUGAUAAAUAUAUAUGUGCUAAAUGCCGGAAGCUCAUGUCCUGUGCUAAAGUCCCACUAAAAAGAUGCAGAGAUCGGCUUAUGUGGCGGUGCCGAAAAGACGACGUAUGGAGGUCCGUUCGCAAAGGGACAUGGUUUGAAACUGCGAGGCUUAGCAUUAGAACUAUUGUUUUGAUGUCGUACUGUUUUUGUAUGCGCAAGUCUGUUAUAUCUACAAGUCGCAUGACAGGUUUGAGUGAGAGAUCAGUCGGAGACUGGUUUUUGUCAUGUAGGGAAAUUUGUUCGGCGUUGUUGAAGAAGAGAGGGAAGAUUGGUGGCCCAGGAGUUGUGGUUGAGAUGGGUGAAUCGUGUUUCGGAGUUGCUGAGAGUCGUAGAGGAAAGUGGUUACCAGAACUUUGGGUUUGGGGAGCAGUCGUUUGUGGGAAAGAACGUGGGGACCUGGUUUUGAAAAUAGUUGAGAAGAGGAAUGCAAGGACUUCACAACGCCUUCUUGAAGAACAUGUCGAGGAUGGGACUGUGAUAUGUUCAGAUACGUGGAAGAGUUACGAGGAUGAAGGGGCAGUGGACUUUGAGACUUUUGCAGGCGAUCACAAUUACCAAUUUCGUAAUGAAGUGAUUGGUGCCAUGGAGCAGUGUUGGGAGGAAGUAAAGAGAGUUGUGGGGAGAGGGAAGAGACGGCGCAGUGGUUUGCAAAGUCAUUUGGAUGAAUACGUUUGGAGGGAGAGUGUAUUUGGAAACGGGUGUGUGUUUCAUUCUUUUAUGCGAGGUGUGGGAGCAGUUUAUGUACCGUGUGUAGAGGACCCUACGCCUGUAACAGAACAUCCUAAACUGCCAGCCAGAGCCAUGGCGACAGCAGAAGGAAAAGGAUGCCCUUCACAGUCAUCAGAGGAUCCGCCCUCGCCAAUGGCAGCCCGAGACUCUACACCAGUAACAGUCAAGCGAUACCCGUCACUGUCAGCAAUAGGUCCAUCUUCAACACUAGCACCUACAGUGAACUUCACAGUGGAGCCAAAGGGAACACCUAAGAAGCGCAGAAAAUGUGUCGUAUGAUAGAAUGUUUGGUAACCCAAAUCAUAUCGGAGAGGAGGAGUUGGGGAUAUAAUGUUUUUCUUUUAUUCAUCUGCCAGGUAUGGAAUACCUCAAGAAAGACUUUAGAAUCUGUUGUUUUGAAACUUUCUAUUUGUGAUGGCCCUUUUCUCGUUUGCACUACCAGUUUUUCUUACGGCAUUGAUGUGAAGACUGUGUAACCUUGUGGUUACCUCACUUGACGGUCAUCUGAAAGCGUCGCUAAUAUGGAGUACCAGCUAUAAUAGCCGAGCCAGAAAGCACAGUGUGAUACCACCGAAUAGCAGAUUUGCGAAAGGAUACCAGUUCGACCCAGUCGAGUUUAAAACUGACAAAACACCGGAGAAUACCACUAUCUACAACUGCCAAACAGUUUGGUCCGUGGGCCGCUGCAGAUAAAGUAAAAACUUGGAAGUGUCUCACGUUGUGCCUCUUGAAAAGUGGGUAACAAUUUUUGCUUCUGAAGAACAGAACCUGGAGCUACACGUACGGAUCAAAUCUUGAGGAAAAUGUAAAAAUGAUAAAUUGUAAACGGUGUAAAUUUUAAUUUACACUUGUCAGAAUAAAGUACUGGUAUUAUGAACAAAA